GGUGGUAUCCCAUCUGAGUAGGUUCAAGUGGGUAGUGGUCCCAUUCUCCACAACCUGGUCUCCUUGGGGUCAAUUGUUUUUGGUCCUAAAUCGUGGGUAUUAUCUUCCUCCCCGUCUCUAGGUAGGGGGCGAAAUCCACAAGCGACAUCCUUUACCACUGCGUGAGAUCUUGCUCGGACAGAUGGUCUCACUCUCUCUGUGGUGGAGUCCUAAUGUCGGGAUUGAGGGGACUAUCUCUGUUGCGGGUCCCAGUCGCGGGCAGGAGUCCUCUCCCUCUCUGGGUGCCGUGGUGUCCGCCAGGUGGUCUUUCUCUCUCUCUCUCUCUCGGGGGGUGGGGUCUCGCAUGCAACGUGUUUCUGGCGGGGGACCCGGUCGCCGGCAGGUGGUCCCUCUGGUCCUGCGUGGUCUCGCCCCUCCGCGCAGCUGCGGCUGUGCUGUGUAAAGCCGCCCCAUUUGCUGGCACCAGCCUUUCAUAUUCUGGGUUAUUUGAGUUCCUCCCAUCCUGAUUCCUUUAAAGCUGUCAAACGUCGAGCCGCUGUUGCAGUCUCCGCCGCCCGCCGCUUGAUCGGAGGAUUUGCUAUCGCUCCAGUGCCCCCGCCAAGCCACAGCUGCCGUCCGGGAAACGCGAGCAACCGGCUCCUGUAACACGGUCCCGGGAGCAAGGAUGGUGCGGAUGGGCAACGUGCUGUUGCUGAUGUUAGCCUGGGCCCUGGGCGUGUUCACGGCCCAGCUCAGCCCCCCUGACCCCUGCUAUGACGACGCCGGCCAGCCGCGGCGCUGUGUGCCCGACUUCGUCAACGCGGGCUUCGGGCGCGAGGUGCGAGUGUCGAGCACGUGCGGCGCGCCUAUCGGCAGCGCGUGCCCGGCGGGAGCACGUCGUCUGUGCCGCGUGUGUGACGCGCACCCCGCCGCCUUCCUCACCGACCCGCACAACGCGCACAACCUCAGCUGCUGGCGCUCGGCCGAGGUGGGGCGGGCGGCCCACAACGUGUCGCUCAGCCUGGCGCUGCACAAGAAGUUCGAGGUGACCUACGUGAGCCUGCACUUCUGCUCGGCGCGCCCGGACUCCAUGGCCAUCCUCAAGUCCAUGGACUACGGCCACACCUGGGUGCCGCUGCAGUUCUACUCGUCGCAGUGCCGCCGCCUCUACCACACGUCCGCCGGCGCCACCGUCACCAAGCAGAACGAGCAAGAGGCCUUGUGCUCCGACGCCCUGGCCGCCCCGCAGCCGCAGCCCGGCGGCCUGGUGGCCUUCAGCACGCUGGACGGCCGACCCUCGGCCCAGGACUUCGACAGCAGCCCGGUGCUGCAGGACUGGGUGACGGCCACCGACAUCCGCGUGGAGUUCCACCGGGCCUCCGGCGCCGGCGCCGACGACGACACCUUUCAGUACGCCGUGGCCGACUUUCAGGUGGGCGGCCGCUGCCGCUGUAACGGACACGCGUCGCGCUGCCUGAAGGACAAGGAGGGCCGGCUGGUGUGUGACUGCAGGCACCACACGGCCGGAGCAGACUGCGACCGCUGCAAACCCUUCCAUUACGACCGGCCCUGGCAGAGGGCGACUGCUCGCGAACCCAACGAGUGCCUAGCGUGUAGCUGCAAUCUGCAUGCUCGACGAUGCCGGUUUAACAUGGAACUUUAUAAGCUCUCCGGCCGAAAGAGCGGCGGCGUUUGCCUAAAUUGUCGGCAUAAUACUGCAGGACGACAUUGCCACUACUGUAAGGAAGGAUUCUAUCGAGACCUCACCAAGGCUAUUACUCACCGCAAAGCUUGCAGAGCUUGUGAUUGUCACCCUGUUGGGGCUGCGGGUAAAACAUGCAAUCAAACAACAGGACAGUGUCCUUGCAAGGAUGGCGUGACUGGCAUCACAUGCAACCGAUGUGCCAAGGGUUACCAGCAGAGCCGUUCUCCUGUUGCCCCUUGUAUCAAGAUCCCAACAGCAUCGCCGAGGUGGGUGGCAAGCAGCACCGUGGAACCUGUGGAUUGUGAAUCAUACUGCAAACCUGUGAAAGGCAACUUGAAGAUUAACAUGAAAAAAUACUGCAAGAAAGACUACGCCAUUCAGGUUAAUGUUCUGGAUAUGGACACAGUGAGUGAAUGGGCAAAGUUUACUGUGAAUAUCAUAUCAGUUUAUAAGAGCAGAGACGAGAGGAUCAAACGGGCAGACCAAUCUUUGUGGAUCAAUAUGAAGGACUUGGCUUGCAAGUGCCCAAAAAUUCAAAUGAGCAAGAACUACCUGGUGAUGGGGAACUUCGACAGCACGUCUGAGAGGCUUGGAGGUCUCCUGGCUGAUAAAAACAGUCUUGUCAUUCAGUGGCGAGAUGUGUGGACAAGAAGACUUCGAAAAUUCCAGCGCAAAGAGAAAAAAGGGAAAUGUGGGAAAGCAUGAUUGAUCAAUUUUGGAAAAGCUUUAAGAAGCAUCAUGGGCUACAAUUCCAACAUACUUUGGGUUUAAAAUACGCUUUUCAGUCAUUGCUGAAAGGAGAUUUAGACUGUGAUGAGGAGACAGGAGGGUGUAAAUGACACGAUAUUCACCACUUGUUACACAAACUGUUGGCUGAAUAUGCUUUGCAAAUUGAACGUUUCUUUUUUAAAUGUGCCCAUGACUCCUUUCUACAGGCAAAGGUCAGGCUGCCAUAGAAGGGUUGUUCUCCGAUCCCAGAGCCAUUAGUAUCUGACAGAAGGACAUUUCCUCCAUGUCCUGCCCAUUGUCCCCACCCCCUCACCCCAAAUGAAGUACACAGUAUCAGUUUUUUUGCCUGUUAUGACUAACAUUCGAGACAAAAUGUGGUAGUGUAUGUGAGGCCGACAGCUGUGCUGAACAUAGAGUAUAAAUAUGGACUGGUUCCAAGAUUUUUACAGCCAGAUUGUUGGCAUGCAGCAAGUUAAUUGUUAACAUUGUGUAUUUUGAGCUGUGAUUUGAAAAUAUCCAGUUUCAAUUCGACUUUGCAAAACGCAUCAGUAUUGUACAACUUUUAGUCCAUUAUGCAACCCUUCUGUUUAAAAAGCUUAUGACAUUUGCAUGGCCAUUGGUCACUUUGUCAGAUAAUCUGUAAAGAUAAUCCAUCUCUAAACCAACCUCCCAAAAUGCUCAAAUUACAACGAUAUCAGCCUUGUCUCAGUAGCACACACAUCAACUCGGAGUAUUUUAUUUAAAUGAUUUUAAUUUAAAAUAUUCAAGUAUCUCUCUAUGGAUUUGAACGUAUCACCCUUUAAAAUGCAGAAUCAACAAAAGAGCAAAUGAUUUGCAGUGAACUGGUCCGUAAGUACCAAGGUCACAUGUACCUAGGUAUGGUGAAAUUUCUUUUUUGCAUCCAGUUCAGUCAAAAUUCUUACUCUACAUAGGCACAAUCAUACUUAAAUACAAUAGUGUCAAAAUAGUAGAUUACACGUCGCCAUGUUUCCGGCCCUACCUUGUUUCUUUUCUAUGUUUUGUGCAAGGGAUGACCUCUGCAAAAUGUUGUCAAACACGGCUUCAUACACAGUACUACAGACCCUGAAGGUUUAACGCAGGCAGGGCCUUUCGUCUAUAUUUUCUUGACCCUAAUCCCAAAGGUGAGAGCAGAGGCACAGUGGAGAGAGACCUCGGGCUGGGGAUCGUGUGGGUACAUGUGACAAUAUAGUGCCAUUGAAGCUUCCCAAAGAAAUCAGUACCCCAAGAGCCAAACUAGAGCAUUGGAUGAGGAGGAGCAGGUCAUUUCAAUGUACUUCUAAAUAACACACCUGUAUUCUUCAAGGUCAUGUUCAUUUCUUGCAUCCUCAGCAUAACACGUUAUCAAAAUGCACUACAGCAGUUCUGUGCGGUUACUGCAGAGUAUAUCAUGAAUAGCAACUCACACACAAUCCUAACACUAUCUCACUAUUACAUUUUCGCUACCUAUGAAUAACUGAAGUUCUCUUCUGAAAUAGAAGGCAGUAGGGCCUACCAAGCAUGUUCUUCAAUAUUUUUUCUCUGCCUUGAAUAUGUUCAAGAAACCCACCCAUUUCUAGGUAUUUUCCAGAGAUUCACCACAGAGAAGAAAUUCCUCAUCUCCAACUUAAAUUGGUGAUGCCUUAUUCUGAAGCUAUGCCUCCGAGGUGUAUAUUUCACCAAGCGGAGAUUUGUCCUCUUGGGAUUCUGAGUGGAUGAUUUCCCCCAUGGUGGAAGAUAGAGGUGGAAUGGCAGUGCAGACUCGAUGGGCCGAAUGGCCUACCUCUGCUCCUAUGUCCUACAUUUAUGAUAUAUGUGAAAGGUUCGGACGAAAAUGCAAAUAGGUUGGUUAGUAAGUUUGCAGACAACGCCAAAAUUGAUAGAGAUUCAGACAAUGAUGAAGGCUGUCAAAGGAUACAGCAAAAUAUAAAUCAAUUACAGAUAUGAGCGGAGACUUGGUAGAUGGAGUUGUAUCCAAGCAAGUGUGAGGUGUUGCACUUUGGGAGGUCGAUUGUAAGGGGAAAGUAUACAGUUAACAGCAAGACCUUAAACAUCAUUGCUGUAUAAAGAGACUUUGGGAUUCAAGUCCUCAGAAUGCAGAAAGUGGCAAUACAAGUAGUUUUAAUGUUAGCAAAGGCAAAGUAUGUUUGCCUUCAUUGGUUGGGGCAUUGAGUAUAAGAGUCAAUAUUGUUCUAAUACAAGAAGAUAGACACAAAGUGCUAGAGUAACUCAGCAGGUCAGGCAGCAUUUCUGGAGAGAAAGGAUUGAUGACAUUUUGGAUGGGAACUUAUCUUCAAACUGAGGAAGAGUUCCAACCUGAAACGUUACCCAUCCUUUCUUUCCAGAGAUGCUGCCUGACCUGUUGAGUUACUCCAGCACUUUAUGUCUAACUUUGGUAUAAACCAGCACCUGCAGUUCCUCCCUACUCAAAUUGUUCUAAUAUAACCCACAGUACCACUUUAAUAUUGCUCUUUAAAUAAUGUACCAUUCCCAUCGACAGAGUCCUUUGACUGUGGAACAUGUGUUCCUUUCUGACAAUGGAGCAACUCCUCCAGUCUGUUGAUGUGUUAGUGCAGUGAUCCUCCUGCAGUGUCCUUCUGACGACUGAGUGACGGACUGCGGACUGUACAGUCAUUUCUCAGUACUGCCCCUCUGACAGCGAUCAGUCCCUCAGUAUGGCAGUGGAUUGACAACCCACAUACCUAAAGUGAUGCUUGAACACAGAUAUGAGUGGUAGCUACUGAGGCAUAGCUGACACACGCAGUGCAGGUGCAUUCACUCUCUGGAUUCUUUUGUUCCUUCCUCUGGAAAUAUUUCACAAUUAUUUUAAUGCUGCCCAGGUUUUUUUAAUUUGUUUGCACUUGUGCUGAAGGCUGCAUGACAGAGAAUGUUCAUUAUGUGUCACAUAUAUUCAGCGCCCUUGCAGAGGAUAAACCUGUGUCAUAACCCUACACAUACAGGUUGGGGUUAGCUCAAAGGUCAAACACAUCCUUAAGAUAUUAAUUUUCUACUGGUUUUACCAAUUAAAAAGGCAAAACUCUGGGAUAUUAUAAACUGUAUUAGUGCUGCUUUAAUAUAAAUGGGUUGCAUUUUUUGUUACUUGCAGCUGAUCGCUGAUGUUGUAUCCUAAAACUAUGAUAUACUGAGAGCAUUUGACCAGCCACUAUAAAAUCAGAGUUAUACAGCACGGAAACAAAACAUUCAGCUUACUUGACCAUGUUGGCUAAGAUGCAAGCGAGUUCCCAUUUCCCUGAAUUCGGCCCAUAGCUCUCUAAAUAUCCAUGUACCUGUCCAAAUUUAUUUUAAAUGUUGUUUUUUGUACCUGCCUCAACUACUCUUUAGGCAGAUGUUCCAUAUACCCACCUUCAUAAAGAGGAAUUGUUGUUUCUCUAAUCUUUGACUAUCCACUCUGGGAUUUAAUUAAUGAUAGUCAUCUGGUUCAGGAUGAUAAGAUGUACAAUCUUACCACCAUCUCAGUAGAUAUACACCAACAAGACUGUGCAGCGACAUGCGAGUUGUUCCAAAACCCCAAUAGUGAAGGUGUUAACUUUGGGUCCAU